AUGGGAGAUGACGGUGAUGUUCGUCUCACCACCGUCUCCAAGGAUGGGGAGAAGUUGGGCAACCUCAUCCCGGCUGGUUCCAUGAGCUCCACGGAGGGCAAAAGCGCCAUCCCGGGCAAGUGGAAGAUCCCUGGUGUCCAGGAGCCUGUGGAGUUGAAGGUCUCCGGCUCCUCCGUGAAGUCCGUGCAGCAACCUUUCGGCAACCAACCCUUCCUGGGAGAGAUUGAGGAAGGUGAGAAGAUGCUGGGAUUGCACGUCACAUUGGGUGGAUUUCCCAUGAAGGCCUGGAUGAAGAAGGAGGGCCAGCAAACGGUGCUGACCUUCUCCAACGGUGGGCGAUGGAGCAAGCUGUGA